CACGUGUUUACCCGCCGAAAACUAUUAAGCCGAGUCUUCGUUAUGUUACAUCUACGGCGAUGAAGGAAAUCGUGAAUGUUAUAUUCAGUUUAUUAAUGAGUCUCUGAGAGAUUGCUCGAGCGUCCCCGCAGAGAAAGUGUCUGCUUGUUAUAAUCGUGUCCAAGUAUUUUUGCAGAAAAGUAACACAUUUUACAACAUAACCUCGGCAAAGAUGUCCCACCACAAUCAUAUGGCACAUAUGAUGAAUACAUCGAGUGAGCACGCAGCUCACGCAACUCAUCAAACUGUGGAUCAUCAGAGUAUGCACGAAAAUAUGCACAGUUCUGUGGACCAUGCUGGCAUGGAUCAUGGAAGUCACCUUACUGCUACCUCAGAAGCUUGUAGCAACAUGGGGAUGCACGGUAUGUCGAUGGUCUUCCAUGGAGGAUAUUGUGAAAAUGUAUUAUUUGAAUCGUGGAAAAUCUCGUCGAUCGGUGGCCUCAUAGGAUCGAUGAUCGGUAUCAUGAUCAUGGCCGCACUUUACGAAGGAUUGAAGUAUUACCGAGAAUAUUUAUUCUGGAAAAUGUAUAAUUCCCUUCAAUACAGGAGUGUCACGAUGCCGCAAGAGAAAAAUGUUGUAGCGGAGGAUAACAGAGUUGUACAAAAUUAAUCCAUUUGGUAUAAAUCUGUGCAGGCCCACAAUGUUAUCCUGGAUGCAUACGUUUCAAACGUUUUUACAUAUUGUGCAAAUUGUACUGUCAUAUUUCCUUAUGCUGAUCUUCAUGACUUAUAAUGUCUGGUUGUGUUUUGCUGUAGUAUUUGGUGCAGCAAUUGGCUACUUUUUAUUUGGGUGGAAAAAAUCUGUUAUUGUGGAUGUCACAGAACAUUGUCAUUAG